AUGGACAUCAAUACCAACCAACUAAAAAGAAGUAUGUGUUUAUGGUAUUUUCCUCCUAAUGAUUUUUUUAAGGCUAACUUUGAUGGGGAUGCUAAAGGGAAACCAGGGCCUACUGGUUGUGGUGGAGUUAUCCAGAAUUGGGUUGGCUUUUGCAUUAAGGUGGUGGCCUUCCCCUUGGGGAACCAGACUAAUCAUUUGGCUGAAGUAUUGGGCAUCCUCCAAGCUAUCAAAUUGGCACACAAUCUGGGAAUGAAAUUAUUAUGGCUGGAAGGGGAUUCUAAAAACAUUAUAAAUUGCCUCCUUGGGAAGUACCAACCAUCGUGGACUAUUAAAAAUAGUAUUGAUUCAGCCAGGGAAAUAAUAGAGGGUUUUGAUCAAUGCUACAUUUCUCAUGAUUAUAGAGAGGCCAACAGGAGUGUUGAUUGGGCCACCAAUGAGGCAGUAUAG